UUUGAAAUCAAACAAACAUGAACGGAUUGUGGGGGGUGGAAAAUGUUUUUCAUUUUGAAAAUGUCUUAAUAAAACUAUCCAAAUUCAGGUGCACGUCUACGGAGAUUGAAACACUUCUUUUUGUCGCAAGAAAAUAACAAAAGCCAACUGAAUACGUUUUUUUGUUGUUGUUGUUUUUUGUUUUUUUUUUUUUUGUUUUUUUUGUUUUUUUGAUUGCCGGAGUUUUAUUUUGAGGGGAAAUAAAGUAGGACAGUUAAUACUGGCAACACACUCGACUUUGUUUUUUUUUUUUCCCCCUUUUUUUUUAACACUGAAACCAUUUCACCUCCGCUCUGUGUGACAUUAAAUAAGCGUGUCGCUGUUGCAUCAGAGACUCUCCGGGCACGGGUUGAAAGAAAACAAACCGAUUUAAAAGGGGAGGAAAAAAAGUCGCUUUCUGAUAUCAUUUUGCCCUAGAUGGCAAGCAUUCAAACAGUUGUGGAGAAGCUCACGAGCACAAGGUACAGACGAGAGGCACUGAGAGAGAGAGAGAGAGAGAGAGAGAGAGUCGGGGGAGCGCGCGACAUGGAGCGAGAGAGAGAGAGAGAGAGAGAGAGCUGCGUAUGAUGGAGCACAGCACUGACCAAUCAGACAGCAGAUGGGCCGGGCUCAUGAUUUCUCACAGUCCCUACAAGGGCCCUUAAAGUUUGUUUGUUGGCUGAACGCGACGCGUGAUGAAAACGCGUUACUCAUCCCCGCUCGACGAUAAUCGACCCAGUCUGAUUUGAGGAUAUUCGACACGAUCUCCGGACUCCCGACGCUGUGACGCACGCAAACCCAUUUACCGACCUACUGUUUUUCCCUCUCUCUCUCUCUCUCGCUCACUCCGCGCCUUGAGGAUCAAGCGAGUUCAGGUACAAGCGGCGAGUUCAUGCACCAGGACUGUACGUUGAUUUAGGUGCGAAAUUAAAGCCCAAAAGAAAAGAAAAGAAGACGAGCGCGGAUGUUUUGCUGCUGGUUUGCUGAAGCUUUACAGGACACUUGAACUGAACUGAAACUUGAACGCGUGCGCAAAGCCUCCAAGCCCCAGCUCCAGAAGAGACAACUUGUUUGCUACACAUGGGCCAGAAAUUGACAUUCCUGCAGUGCUGAGAUAAAGCUUUUAACCUGUUCACCAUCUGGUUACGUAAAAAAAAAAAAAAAAAAAAAAAAAAAAAAAAAAAAAAGGGUUAAAGUGCGUCUGAAGAGAGUUGGGGCAAAAGAAAAAGAGAGAGAGAGGGAGAGGGGGAAAAAUCCAGCCUUUCUUCCACACUCGAAUCGACUCAUUGGGUGGGAGCAGCCGGAGAGACAAGAGUCCCCAGCAAAUCAGCGGCUAAUUGAUUAAAGAGACUUCAUUUGAAUAGGGGGAGGCUGGCGAGGUGCCAAUCGCCUUUCAAACACACCCAUCCCUCCCCCUCUAUCCACCCCCCCUCCCUUCUCUCUCUCCUUCCCUCCCUCCCUCCCUCCUUCCUUCCCUCCCUCUCUCUCUCCUUCUCUCUCUCCCCCUUUCCUUCUCCGUAUGAUUAAUUGUGAGGCAUUAUUGAUAAUCAUAACGGGACACAUGCGCGCUGGAUGGGCUCCGUGUCCGUGAUUUCUGGGAAGUUUUUUGGAGCGAUUGUUUUUUGAGUGGCCCAUGCGUGAGCCAGCAUGUCGCGGAGGAAGCAAGCGAAGCCGCAGCAUUUCCAGUCCGAGCCGCAGCCGGCAGUGAGCGGGCACGAUGGGGACACAGAGCCCAGGCUGGACGACCCCCCUUGCAAGGAUUCGGGUGCCCAUGUCUGUGGCAGAUGCUGUGCAGAGUUCUUUGAACUGUCGGAUCUUGAACAACACCAGAAGAAUUGCACUAAGAAUCAAUUAGUUCUGAUAGUGAAUGAGAAUCCUGUGUCUCCUCCCGGAACCUUCUCUCCAGGCUCUUCUCCCCAUAAUCCUGACGAGCAGGUGAAUGACACGACUAAUAACACAGAUCAAGUGGAGUGUGCUGACCUUUUAGACCAUAACUCACUGGAUAAAGAAGAAGCCAUGGAUAUGGAUGUGUCUGCAAUCUCUGUUAGCCAUGACAAUGGAAGUGGACACCUGGAGGAAAGCAGCCCCAUCGACGGCAGCAGCGAAGCAAGUCAUGGCGGUAGGGGUAGCACGGGAUCCAAUCUGUGCAGCUCUGCUAUCUCAGCCACACUACCUCAGCUUGAUAAUCUGACAGAACUGGGAAACUUCUCUGUGAUGAACAGCAAUGUUAUCAUUGAAAAUCUCCAGAGUACCAAAGUGGCAGUGGCCCAGUUCUCUCAGGAGACAAGAUCAGCAGGAGGCCAGAGGAUUGCAGUGCCCGCUCUUAUGGAACAGCUUCUAGCCCUACAACAACAGCAGAUUCACCAGUUGCAGCUAAUAGAGCAGAUCCGUCAUCAAAUUCUAUUGCUGGCAUCCCAGUCUCCUGAGCUACAGGUGCCACCCAAUUCCUCCCCUGGGACUCUGGUUUCAUCCACCAACCCACUAACCACACUCAGCUCUCAUCUGUCCCAGCAGCUAGCAGCUGCAGCUGGGCUAGCACAGAGUCUAGCCAGCCAGUCUGCUAGCAUUAGUAGCCUGAAGCAGAUAGCUAGUGCAGCACAGCUACCUCAAAGCAACUCUGGAAUGGGAGAGUCAUCACAGAGUCUGGGAGCACUGGGGACAGCGGUGGUGAAAACACAAACAUCGGAGAAGAGGGCUGGAUUUGCUGGAAGUCUCCAUUCUCAGCUAGGAACCCCCUCACUGGCAAAGUCAUCUACACCAUCCUUUGGGAUUGGAAGUUUGCUGAAUCCUGUGGCUAACUCACUUCUACCUCAGCCCCCACCAGGAAAUUCAAUGUUCUCCAGUGCUCUUCCUAGUGUUGGAACCACAGUGGAGGAUCUCAGUUCACUUGCUGCAUUAGCCCAACAAAGGAAAAGCAAGCAACCCAGUGUAUCUUCCUUUGAACCUAAGAGCAGCUCAGAGGAGGCAUUCUUCAAACAUAAGUGCAGGUUUUGUGCCAAGGUGUUUGGGAGUGAUAGUGCCUUGCAGAUCCACUUGCGUUCGCAUACAGGAGAGAGGCCAUACAAAUGCAACAUCUGUGGCAACCGCUUUUCGACUCGUGGCAACUUGAAGGUUCACUUUCAACGUCAUAAAGAGAAGUAUCCUCACAUCCAGAUGAACCCCUACCCAGUACCAGAGCAUCUGGACAAUAUUCCGACCAGCACUGGAAUUCCAUAUGGCAUGUCAAUGGCACCAGAGAAGCCAGUCACUAGUUGGCUAGAUAGUAAGCCUGUUUUAACUACUCUGAGCUCAUCGGUUGGCAUGUUGCUCCCACCCACUAUACCAAGCCUACCCCCGUUCAUCAAGAAAGAGGAAAAUCAUUCCGUGGCCAUUACAAGCCCUUCCCAUUCUGCUAAGAGUGACUCAGGUCCAGCAGAACCUUCCACAAAGAGCAGUGAUGGUGUGUCAGAAGAAGGAGAUGUCGCAACCUUGCCUACCUCAAAUGGGAAAACUGAAGAGAGCAGCCAGCCUUUUAGCUUCACAACAAACACAAGCUCUGUGGGAGAGAGCAAAAUAGAGUACACUACUUCUAACAGCCCUCCAAUGUCUACCAACCCACUGAUGCCCCUGAUGUCAGAGCAGUUUAAGGCUAAGUUCCCGUUUGGAGGACUUCUUGAUCCCUUGCAAGGUUCAGAAACUUCAAAACUGCAGCAAUUAGUAGAAAAUAUUGACAGGAAGGUGACAGACCCCAAUGAGUGUGUCAUCUGCCACCGAGUUCUCAGCUGUCAGAGUGCACUGAAAAUGCACUAUCGUACACAUACUGGGGAACGGCCCUUUAAGUGCAAAAUUUGUGGCCGUGCCUUUACCACUAAGGGAAACCUGAAGACCCAUUACAGUGUCCAUCGUGCCAUGCCACCCCUGAGGGUGCAGCACUCUUGUCCCAUCUGCCAGAAGAAGUUCACUAAUGCUGUUGUCUUGCAGCAGCACAUCCGCAUGCACAUGGGUGGCCAGAUUCCCAACACCCCUCUCUAUGACAGCUACCCAGAGUCUAUGGGCUCUGACGCUGGUUCAUUUGAAGAGAGAAACUUUGAUGACUUAGACAACUUCUCAGAUGACAACAUGGAGGGAAUGGAAGAUGGUCCAGAUAGCAGUGUUCCAGACACACCUAAAUCUGUUGACGCAUCCCAGGACAGCCUGUGUUCUUCACCUAUUCCACUGGAGCAAUCAGGUGUGGAACAUCAGGAUAAGAACUCACCCAAGGGGCUGAUAGAAGAUUCACAGCUAAACAUAUCUAAAACAACAGAAAAUGGCUCAGUUGAAGGUGAUCACUACACUAAUGAUUCCUCUUCACCAGGAGGUGACGUGGAGAGCCAAAGUGCAGGAAGUCCAGCUGCCUCUGAAUCUACCUCCUCCAUGCAAGCUGCAUCACCUUCUAGUGGUGUUCCGCAGCAACGCAAAUCCCCCAGUUUGGAGGAUCGUCAGCAGAGGGCACUAUCACUGGAGCACAUAAGUGCAGGCCUCAUGCAAACCCAUUCCUCAGGUCUAGGGGCUCUUGACCUAACCUCUAUGAACCCCUCUAAAGACCCUCUGGGUAUGCUUUUCUCCUUUCGUGAGCGAGGCACUUCUAAGAACACGUCAUGUGACAUUUGUGGAAAGACAUUUGCGUGUCAGAGUGCCUUGGACAUCCAUUACCGAAGUCAUACCAAAGAAAGACCUUUCAUUUGCACAGCCUGCAACCGGGGCUUUUCCACCAAGGGUAAUCUAAAGCAACACAUGCUGACCCACCAAAUGAGAGAUCUGCCCUCUCAGCUCUUUGAGCCCAGCACCAGCCUGGCACCCAGCCCUACCCCAUCUCUACUUUCUGUUGGAUCCUUGCCCUCCUUGAUUAAGGCUGAAAAUAGUUACCUCCAUGCUCCUCAACAUGACAGUAAAGAUCUUCCCUCAAGCAUGGUGACCUCUUCCGCUUCUACGUCUCCAGUGCUUUCAGCUGCACCUCCACGACGGACACCCAAGCAGCACUACUGCAACACAUGUGGGAAGAUGUUCUCCUCUUCUAGUGCUCUACAGAUCCAUGAGAGGACCCACACAGGGGAGAAGCCUUUUGCUUGCACCAUCUGUGGACGUGCGUUCACCACUAAAGGAAAUCUCAAGGUGCAUAUGGGUACUCACAUGUGGAACAGUGCCCCAGCGAGACGAGGACGCAGGCUCUCUGUAGAUGGCCCUAUGGCUUUCCUGGGCACAAACCCAGUCAAGUUCCCCGAGCUCUUUCAGAAAGACUUAUCCAGCAGAGUUGGCAACGGAGACCCAGCUAGCUUCUGGAAUCAGUAUGCCGCCGCCUUCUCCAACGGCCUGGCUAUGAAGACCAAUGAGAUAUCUGUGAUCCAGAACGGAGGCCUGCCGCCGUCUCUGUCUGGAAGCGUGGGUAACGGGGGCAGUUCUCCCAUCGGCGGCCUGACAGGCAGCAUGGACAAGCUGCAUAACUCAGAGUCCAAUGCAGCACUAGCUGGCCUUGAGAAAAUGGCCAACACAGAAAACAGCACUCACUUCCGCUUCACUCGUUUUAUGGAGGAUAACAAGGAGAUUGUCACUAACUAAAGGACGAGCAGCGCUUCUAUGGUACAAGCUGAUACACAUGAACACAAACACUUGCAAGACAUGUACUUACACAUGCACAACAGGAGAACAAGUGCAAGAAAAAGAUUGAGACUUUAGUUACAGAAGAGAACUUGCUUUUUGUACAAUGUACAACAUGUUAAUGUUUUACAAAGCUUAUUUAUUAGUGAUUAUAACCUUGCUUGAAAAUCGAAGUGGAAACAUUAACAAUUACUUACGUUUGUUUGUUUUUUUUUUGUUUGUUUGUUUGGUUUUUUUUCGGUUUCAUCACCAGAAUGGAGCUGUGUGAUUGUGUAAAAGUGUGCUUUUGGAACUUUUAGCAUUUCUGGAUAGAUAACCUUUUACGUUAGUAUUAAAUUAUUUCUAUCUGUAGUAUGUAUAACAAAACUGUUCAUGUUUGUGAUGCAUUAGAGCUUGAAUACACAAAAGCAAAAGACUGUAAAUAAUGUACACUGAUUUGUGCUAGAUGGUUUACCAGCUGUGUAUUAACUUUUCCCCUCUCGUUUAAAAAAAAAAAAAAAAAUAGCCUAUGAUUAUUUUUUUCCCUCCCCAUCAGGCAGAGGAUACACGAGAUAGGUCUAUUAUCAACUUUUAUUUAAGUAAAAACAAAGCAAGCAUAACUGCAUCUCAGCUGUUUUUAGAAAUUAAUCCUUCUUUUCAGUGUUUAUUGUAUUGUGGUUUUUUCACUUUCUCGCUUUUCUUUGUUUAGUUUGAUUUCCUUGAUUUCUUGUUGCUAUACACUACAAAGCUUUGAAUAGCUUAAUUGUUACAUGAGCAAACACAAAGGAAGGUCUACAUGGUUUAUACCUGAGAAAGAAAUUAAAUGCGUUCUGUCCGUUACACUUGUUGAAGUAAACAUGAGCUGGUUUUCCACAUCUUUACCUGCCAUGAAGCCUUGCUGUGUUCCAUGUAUAAAUAUAUGACUGAUGAAGAACAGAGAAAAAAAAAACUGUCCCAACAACAACAACAACAACAACAACAACAACAAAAAUGUAUAUAACAAUGCUCAAAAGGUAUCCACUUGGCCAGGGGGUAAAGCAUAGUGUUUUUUUGUUUGUUUGUUGGUUUGGGUUUUUUUUUAAAUAUAUAUAAAUAUAUAAAUAUAAAGAUGUAUAUUAGGUUUGAAAACCA